UCCAGUUUACGCUAAAACUUCCUGUUAAUGACCGCGUUGGCCCAGGAUUUCUUUCUGUGAAUUUUUAUGUUUUGUUUAUUCGAUCCCUAAAUCAAACUUUAAAUUAAUUCCUCGAAUUGUCCAUUUUGGUCAACUAGGAUCAAAUUUGAAAUACAAAUAUGAAAUCUCGUUCAAGGAACAAGAAGAAGCAACCUUCAAGAUCAGAUGUGGACCUGGAUCCUGCAUCGGAUGAAGAUGCUGGUCCUUCUGAAAUGGACGAAGAACUUCAACAAAAAGUUGUUCUCCAGCAACAGAUGUUGGCCCUUCAACAGCAUCAGCAGCAAGCUGCAGCAGCAGCAGCAGCUGUAGCAGCUGUCAUGUCCCAGCAAGCACCACCACAACCACCAUUACCACAACCUCCACCGCCUCCACCCUCUGGCCCAAAUGCAUCACCUGCUGCUUCUGCUGCUGGAGGAGAAUACCUUCAAUUGAUGGAGAAAGUUCAACAGCAGCAGCAAUUAUUAGAGGCUGAAAAACAGCAACAGAUGCUAAUAAAACAACAAAGGAUGAUUCUAGAUCAGCACCAGGCAGAUGAAGCAGAGAUGAUGCGCCAACAACAACUGGCUAUCAUGCAACAACAACAAGAGGCUGCACAGAAAGAAGAACAACAAAAGUUUAUGCAUCACCAAAUGCAAUCAGCUCAAAUGAUGCCUAUUCCACCCCCACCACCCCCUCAAAGUUCAGAUAAUCAGCUCCCCCCUCCACAGUUUGUGACCCAGGCUAGUGGUCCACCUCCGCCACCGCCUCCACCACCACCACCAACGUCAGGAUUGCAGCCACCAGGUCCUCCACAGAGCAUGGCACCACCACCACCUCCUCCCCCUUCUCUUCAGAGUAUUCCUCCCACGACAGCAAUAGAUUCAAAAUCUCAGACUUCUGAACGACAGCAGAAAGAAAUAAAAUUGCCCCAGGCUUUAGAAAAGAUUCUCGCUUUUAUGGAUGUGCGUGCUCAGGAAAUAGGUGCAGUAUCAGAAGAUAUAGAUAAAACUGAAGCACCAGAAAAUCAAGUCAGAAUAGCUGAUGCUGACGAUGAGGAUGAUGAGGAAGUUACAAGUAUAUCUAUUACAAGUGCAACUCUAAAUGAUGCUGAUGAGGAAGAUGACGAUAUGAAAAGUCAAGAAAAGGCAAAAGAGAACAGGACAAGAAAGAAGAAGAAGAAAAAGAAGAAUAAGAAGAAACAUCCAGAAUUCAUGCAAGAUGCAAAUGACUUAAAGAAAAAACCUGCUAAAGAUGAUGAAAAUGAUCGAAGUGUGGAAAUAGAGUAUGUACAAGAACAGUUAGAUAUUGGCCACUUUGAUGUUAACUACCAUGUUUUUGCAAAGAUAUUUGAGAAUUUCAAGAUUGCAGAUCCUGAAAAACCAAAAGAUUUCCAAAGACCAGAAGAAAGAAGAGAAGAGGAAAAAAAACCUGAAGAAGUUCCUAUAAAGGCUCGAGGACUCAUUAUAGACGAUGAUGAAGACUUAGUGGCUGAUGAUGAGGCACCAAAGUUGUCAAAGAAGAAGUUGAAGAAACUCACUCGCUUGAGUAUUGCACAAUUAAAACAGCUUGUAUCAAGACCUGAUGUAGUGGAGAUGCAUGAUGCUACAGCUCAGGAUCCAAGACUGCUUGUACAACUCAAAGCCACCAGGAAUACGGUUCCAGUGCCACGUCAUUGGUGUUUUAAGAGUAAAUACCUUCAAGGAAAGAGAGGUAUUGAAAAGCCACCUUUUGAACUACCAGAUUUUAUCAAAGCUACUGGAAUUAUGGAAAUGAGGGCUGCUUUGGCUGAAAAGGAAGAUCAGAAAACCUUGAAAGCAAAGAUGCGUGAGAAAGUGCGUCCUAAACUUGGCAAGAUUGAUAUUGAUUACCAAAAACUCCAUGAUGCUUUCUUCCGAUGGCAAACCAAACCAAAAUUGACCAUUCAUGGGGAUCUUUAUUAUGAGGGUAAAGAAUUUGAGACACGUCUUAAAGAGAAAAAACCUGGUAAUCUCUCUGAUGAACUGAGAACAGCCCUGGGCAUGCCAGUUGGUCCAAAUUCAGAGAAAGUUCCCCCGCCAUGGUUGAUUGCUAUGCAACGAUAUGGACCUCCUCCAUCCUACCCAAAUCUCAAGAUCCCUGGCUUGAAUGCACCAAUUCCAGAAUCAUGUUCAUUCGGUUAUCAUGCUGGAGGUUGGGGUAAACCUCCUGUUGAUGAAUCAGGCAAGCCAUUGUAUGGUGAUGUUUUUGGCACCCAAAGUGGAGAAUUCCAGACUAUAGUUUCUGAAGAAGAAAUCGAUAAGACUCAUUGGGGUGAAUUGGAAUCAGAGUCAGAAUGUGAAGAGUCUGAAGAAGAAUCUUCCGAAGAAGAAUUAGACACAACAGGGCUUAUAACCCCUGGUGCCGAGGGGUUGGUUACACCGAGUGGAAUAACAUCAGUUCCGAUGGGAGUAGAAACACCUGACAUGAUAGAACUGAGGAAGAAACGUAUAGAAGAUGCAAUAGACCAAGGUGGUGAUACACCAGCUCUUUAUACAAUUCUGCCAGAGAAGAAAACAAAUGUUGGAGCAAAUAUGAUGGGAUCAGCUCACAUAUAUGAUAUGUCUGCUGUAACUGGAAUGCCGACUCAAAAACGAUUUGGUGAAAAAGGAGGAACUGAAGCAAUUGAAGUUGCUUUGAAUCCCGAAGAAUUGGAUAUGGACAGUGCAGCAAUGCAAGCCAAGUACGAGCAAACCAUGCGUGAACAACAGUCUCAGUUAGAAAAGGAAGAUUUGACAGACAUGGUUGCUGAACAUGCUGCCAAACAAAGGAAACGGAAACGACAGCAGCAAGACAGUGGAAAAGCCAAGAAAUAUAAAGAAUUUAAGUUCUAGGUGUUUGACGCAAAUCGCCUGUGUAUUUUUUAUGUCCAUCAUUUCCCCAUUAUAUUUUUGUUAUUGUAUACAAAUAAAUGUGAUGAGAAUAUUA